UUGACACACUAGGAAUGCCCAGCCGAAUGUUAUGCGGCUACGUAAGGGAUUGAUAGGCCUUGUGCGCGUCAAGCAAUUGCAGUAACUAAUAAGCUGCAAAUAUACGCGCGAGGCGCCACGGGCUGCAGGAUGCGCCGAGCCACCCAACUCCUGCGCCGCCACACCUCCAGCGCCGCAGCACGCGCCGCCGUACGACAGGAAAUAGCAUCACUGGAAAAGGCAUCGAUCGACGGCGGCGGCAUUGACAGGAUAGAAGCGCAGCACGCCAAGGGCAAGCUGACCGCGCGCGAACGUUUAGACGUGCUCUUAGACACGGAAUCAUUUAGAGAAAUCGACGCCUUGGCGUCGCAUCGCUGCGACGACUUUGGAUUAGAAUCCGACAAAGCCCCUCCGGGCGACGGCGUCGUCGCGGGGUUUGGGACCGUGCACGGCCGGCCCGUUUGUGUGUUCUCGCAGGAUUUUACGGUCUUCGGCGGCUCGCUGGGCGAGGCACACGCCGCGAAGAUCGUGAAGGUCAUGGAGCGCGCGCUGCACUGCCGCUGUCCUAUCAUAGGAUUAUCGGAUUCCGGAGGCGCGCGCAUACAAGAAGGAGUUUUAUCUUUAGCCGGCUACGCCGACGUCUUCCAGAGGAACGUGGACGCGUCGGGCAUCGUACCUCAGUUAUCCUUAGUGUUGGGGCCCUGCGCGGGCGGCGCCGUCUAUUCACCAGCAAUGACCGACUUUCUGUUCAUGUCAAGGCAAGCCUACAUGUUCGUCACCGGUCCUGAUGUGGUAAAAGCGGUCACGAACGAAGUCGUGACGCGGAACGACUUAGGCGGCGCCGACGUCCAUUGCAGCAAGUCGGGCGUCGCGCACGGCGCCUUCGACGACGACCUGGCGGCUCUGAAGGCGACUCGAACACUUUUGGGGUAUCUGCCCCAGUCGUAUGAUGGCGAGAACCCCGACGUGUUGCCCUACGAUGAUCCGGAUCGGUGCGACGCAGCCCUCAACACGAUCAUCCCCGACGACCCGAACCAGUCGUACGACAUGCGCGAGGUCGUCAAAAGAGUUGUUGAUGGUCAUUCUUUACUCAUAUUAAGUGAGGACUACGCCUCAAAUAUCAUCACGGCCUUCGCGCGCUUGAAUGGGAGGGUGAUUGGCGUCGUGGCGAACGACCCGCGGCACCUCGCGGGUUGUCUCGACGCGGACGCCUCGACGAAAGCGGCUCGCUUCGUGCGCUUCUGCGACGCGUUUCAGAUACCUUUGGUCACGUUUGUGGACGUGCCGGGCUUUCUACCGGGCGUGGCCCAGGAGCACGGCGGCAUCAUCAGGCAUGGUGCGAAACUGCUCUUUGCUUAUGCGGAAGCGUCCGUACCAAAACUCACGGUCAUCACCCGAAAAGCUUAUGGCGGCGCCUAUGAUGUUAUGUCCUCGAAACACUUGAGGGGCGACGCGAACUACGCCUGGCCGUCGUCCGAAAUCGCGGUCAUGGGCGCCGCCGGCGCGGCCGAGAUUUUACAUCGAGGGGUCAGUGAUGAAGAGCGUGUGGCAAAGGCCGACGCGUACGCGGCGCGCUUCGCGAAUCCCUUGCUGGCGGCGAAGCGGGGCUUUGUCGACGCCGUGCUCGAGCCGUCAGAAACGCGACCGCGGCUCAUCGCCGAUUUGGAAGUGCUGCGGCAUAAAGAGCGGCCGAAUUUGCCAAGGAAGCACUCGUGCGGGCCCCUGUGAUUUAACAACAAUAAU